AACUGGAAUGGUCAAGGUACAGAACAGUUUGUUGUAUAUUUUACCAGAUAUUCUCACUUUCUUUCUUUCUGUGGUAAAGAAAUCCAUCUGACGUGCCUGUAUGACGUCAAAUGUAAGUUUGAACUGUCAUCAUUUUGUUUUAAACAGAAUGUAAACAUACGUUUGAUAUAAUGGAGACAGAUGCUUGUAAAAACACAAUGGACACUGUUAAUGCAGAAAAGGCGAGGAAGAAGGCGAAGAAGAGAGAAUCUCCAGACCAGACUGAGUCUGUAAAGCAACACGUUAAAAAGAAAAAGAAAGAAAAGAAGAACAAGGAAACAGAGGAUAAGUGUCACCAGACAUUUACUGGUAAACAUAAAAAAAGGAAAUUGAAUGAAAGAGGGGAGGAGGAAACUUCACUGAUGUGUAAUGGACAAACAGGACUGCAUACAGUAGAGGACAUGAAUGCUCCCACAGCAGAAUUAAAAGAGCGGCAGGGAACUACUGAGGAAAAGCAUGCAAAGAGAAAGAGAAAGAAAGCAAAGGUUGCACAUACAAACUGUGAUGACAUGGUUGAAGAGCAGUCUGCUGGGACCAGUGAACAGGGGCACGUCCCAUGUAUGGAUAAGGAAACUGACUUACAAGAGGCUACAGACCUCAUGAACCCUGCCAUACAAAUUGGUACUAGAAAGCACAAGAAAAAGAAAAAAAAUGAAGAACCAACAAAGGAAACUGAUCGAAAUAUUUUAGAGGAACUGAAAGAAUUUAUUCCUGACAUAGAGUCUAAAACUCAAUUUGAACUCAACAAAAUAAUCCUGUAUGACCUGCCCAGGUACAGGGUAUUCAAAAAGGAAGGCAUCGCCUUGAGACAUGGAAGAUUCUCCAGUGCUGAAAAUAAUAGGUUAAGGCAGAACGUUCAGGAUUUUUUGGCUCUCACAGGAGUGCAAAAUGCUAGCAGGCUCUUUCACACAAAGCGGUUUCCAGAGGAGAAACAGGCAAUAUCGACACUGAAGAGGAACCACAGGUUUUUCGAAAGGAUUGCGGAAGGAAUUCCCAGAACAUGCCGUGAGGUUUUUAUCCGUGGGAGGAAAGUUUUUGAUGAAGGGAAUUAUAUGGGAAGGUUUACAGAAGAGGAAGUCAAGGCAUUGCUCAAAUUUCAUACAAUACAUGGCAGUAACUGGCAAAAGAUUUCAGAGUUGACUGGUCGUAGCCCAUUCGCUGUCGAGAAACGUUUUUCUCAGACCAGUAGCAGUCAUUUUGUGUCAUCAAUCCUUUCUCACACAGAUGAAAAAACAGGGCCAUGGUCACAGAAGGAGGUGCAGAGACUUUUGAGGGCUGUGCGAAACUAUAUUGUAACAAAACUGAAAUCUGAGGCCACUGAUAAAAGAACACCAACCAGAGUCAGUAGAGAAAUGCUCUACAGGAAACUGCCCUAUUUUGAUAUUGCUUUGAAGGUUAAGACUCGAUGUUGGGCCAAGUGCAGAAUGAAAUGGCUGUCCAUCGCAGCUGCGCGGAUGUCGUCAGGGGCAGUAUUCGACCGGAGGAAAUCUAUGGAGGGCAAAAUCCGGCUUAUUAAAGUGCUGUAUGAAAUGCAAAUAGAGGAUGUUACAGAUGUCAACUGGGAUGAUCUCUCUGCAUUAUUUGGGGAUGUGCCUCCAGCAACUGUGCAAUUAAAAUGGCACCAGCUUAAAAUUGGUUAUGUGCCAAAUUGGCAAAACAAGUGUUUUGGAGACAUUGUUGACUACCUGUAUGAGAAAAUCUUGCCAGGGCUGGUGAAAGAUUGUGAGGACUUUGAGGAUGAGCUGAAGGUUGACCAGCAGGAGAGUUUCCUACUCUCUGACAUCUUUCAGGACAUUGAUGAGGAAUAUUGUGAUGACAGUGAUGAGGACAGUAAACAAACACAGAAAGAGUCAUGAGUUUUUCUUAACCUUCAAUAAUUGUACAGGUCAAUCAGACCUUUAUAAACAGUGAUGCUAAAUAUUCAAAAAAUGUAUAUAAAGACAUGUUCAGAGUGUUCAUGUGUAGGAGUUAUUUGUUCUUGCAUGCACAUUAAUAAACUACAGUCAUUCUGAG